AUGUCUUCCGAAGAGACGGACGAAUCACUGAAAUACGACCUAAGUAAGAACGUAAGUAAAAUAAGCAAUGAUGUAAUAAAGUGCCUAACCGAACCACAAUUCGACGCUAAAUGGAAUGCGAUUCCGUGUUGUUCAAACAAUGUUAGUAUAAGUGUUGUUGAUACCUCAGGGUUGGAGUUAGAUGAUACGGACAAUCAGAUAUCUAUUGUGAUAGAGGCAUCGGAUGCCGACGAGGAUAAGAUAGGUACAAAUUGUGAUAAUGUCAUUCCUAGUGUAGGUUCGAGCCAAAAUGUAGUUCCUGUGAGCAACGAGCUGAUGACGAGAGAGAGCCAGAAGCUGGUUAGUCUGUCUCUGUCUAUCCUGCUGGCGGCGUUGCUGCAAGCCAUGCGCUGUUUCGCCCAGUUUCUAGAGGAUAUUGUUGUGCCGCAGCGGUAAACUUUGUUCUCAGUUUCCGGAUACUAAAGUGACUUUUUUGUGUUCUU